CCAUCGCUCAAAAACUUCAUCACCAACUUGGAGACAUGUCCCCAGGAAGAUCUAGCUCGGCAUAUUGAAGACUUUGGCAUUCUCUGGAACCAGCCUCGUGGCGACUUGCAUCACUGGAUCACCGUUCUCAACCGAUUCGACGAUAUUCUCGAGCAUGCUGUGACCGUGAGUGGUCUGCGGGGUGGGUAUCCUACGGCAUAUAUCUUCCCGGAAGACGAGGAGAAGAAACUUGUGGCGAUCUUGGAUUUUUCGGCGUUGCUUUUAGAGCAUUGCUCGCACAGGAGUCUGUACGCGAGCGGAUCCCACCUUUCGAGCCUUCUAUAUGUGAACUCUCUCCCGAUUCUUCUGUCCAACCUGAAAGUAUGUGCGCGCCUUGCACAGCGGUACGCGCAAUCCAGUUCCGGCCGAUCCUCGAUAUUCACAAUCAGUCAAGAGAAGAUGUUCAGGCUCGCCAACGCGUUCCCUCCGCAAAGCCCUCUUGAGUUCAUGAGCAAGAUCUCGCUGUUCAAAUUCGUUGACGAAAACGAACUCAAGUGGCACAAGAGCUGGUCGACAAUCAUUCUGCCGUACUACAAGGAUACCCCUACAUCGGCCGGUGCCGGCCAUCCGGAAACUCCGAGCCACCCUACUCCUGCGACUCCCACGCCUCAAAUAUACGGACCGCAGCAGCAGGCUGAACUUGAACGGCUUGCCGCUGAGAACAGCGACAUGAUGUCGCUCGUUGUCACGACCGAGGACAUUGAGGGUCUCUCGGAAGUCGAUCUGCUGAACAAGGUGUUGGACGUGCCCUAUGAUACCAAGGCUGACGCGUUCCUGAGAAUGCGGACCGCCAAGUCAUUCACCGGAGGCAUGAAUGGAGUUGUGAUGCGACGCCAACUCAUCGCCGUCAAGUGUUUGGCGAUCGAGUUCUUGACGUAUUUGGUUACCGAGAACGUGCUUCAGAACAAGCUCUUUGCGCAGAACCCGACUCUCAUCCCUUCACUUUGCGAGCUGAUUCAUCCCGACAACAAGGUUCCAGUGGAUUUACGCACCAUAACGAUCGAAGCACUGCAAGCCGUCUCUGUCCAUAGAUCAAAGCACAACGAGAUCCUGUCUUCCCUGAGCGCAAACGUCAACCACGGUGUCUUGCUAUACAUCGUUCGCCAAGUCGUCAAAGAUCUGGAGAACGGUGAAAUAAUAAAUUGCUACUUCAGCGAUCGCUUGUUUUACCUCAUCCAGGUUCUUUCAGCUAGCGGACAGUCAGCACAAGUUCUCGUCAGCGCGGGCAUCGUUCCGGUUUUGAUCCAACUCCUUCGCACAAACUCAAAGGACUACAGCACAAUGUCUAUGAUCACAGGCGUUACUCAGCACAUGGUCAUGACUUCGCAAGCUGCAUUUUCCGAGUUUGUGACAGAAGGCGGACUCGAUAUUGUUGUCAAGAGAGUCGAGGAUGAGGUCGCGUACGCUCUCGAGAAUCAAGAAGAUGUCGAGCACUCUGCUCUGGUUGAUUACAAGAUGGAUUUCAUGCGGGCGCAUCUGUUGAAGUCGCUGUUCAAGCUCUUACUAGCAAUGAUGCAGUCUCCCGGAAAUGCGGAUCGCAUGCGGAAUCUGGUGGAGUCGAGCCUGCUAGAGUCUCUGAAGACCAUCAUUUUGAACACUAACGUGUUUGGGUCGGUUGUCGUAUUUUGCGCUGUCGACAUGAUGUCGUGCUUCAUUCACAACGAGCCUACUUCUUACACAAUCAUAAAUGAGUCCGGAUUACCUGAAAUCUUCCUCGACUGCAUUCCUCAGCUCAUCCAGAUGACAAAGUCGACCGCAAUCCCCCACGCCAUCGGCGCCAUCUGUCUCAACAACUCUGGCCUCGAAAUGGUCCAGAAGAAAGGCGCAAUCAAGACUUUUUUCAGUGUUUUCAAGAACCGCGAGCGGGCGCGUAUGAUGGCACUCUCAAGCGUACCUGGCAAUCUAGGAAACGCAAUCGAUGAGCUUGUUCGUCACCAACCUACGCUCAAAGACGAGAUUAUGAAACAAGUCGUCAUGGCUGCCAAGGACAUCUGCGUUGAAGGAGAAAGCAUCCCUGGCGGUGUGAGAUUCUACCCCGUCGGCGCAGACGCCGUUCAGACCGACGCAGACGAUGAACUUGUGGUCCAGGACGCAAACUCUGAUAUCAUGGCCUUGAUAGAGUGCUAUGCGCGCUUUCUAGAAUCGCUCUUCCAAAACGGCGCUAAUUCGAAGGAAUUCGUCAGGCGAGAAGGCGCAACGCAUUUAUUGAAGAUGUUUGAAAUCCCGAGCUUACCGUACGACUUUGCGCUUCGCGGACCGGCGAUUUCGCUCUCCCGCGUGUUCAGAUCGAUCUCAGAAUCCAACACAUAUCUCAUGAUGUCUAAGAUUUUGAGAGCUCUAACGGAGACGAUGAAGAAGAUCAAGACGUUCUUAGAUUUUGCUGAAAGCGAAUCGAUCUUUGAAUAUCUUGCUCGUGAAGGGGAGAAUCCGACUGAAUUUCUGAGAGCGCUGAAUGGCGCCCACGGUCUCAUCUUUAUCGUGUCGCAAAUGUAUUCACACACUGUCUAUCCGCAUGCAAAGUCAACCCUGCCUAUGAUCCAGCCAUUUGAGACUGAAAGCGAAUGCGCCAAUCUGCUGGAAGAGUUGGGCAAGCUACAACGCAACUGUCUGUGGGAGGACAUUUGCAUAACAAAGGGACUCUCUGAUGAAUGGCGCGAUGCGAGCAGAGUCCUUGCUGCUGACGACCCGCGGGGACGACUCGGUGAAACGGAGAAGAGGGCGGAGAUUGCUGAGGCGGAGGCAAAGAUCGAUGUUACCGACAACAAGUACAAAAACGUGAAGAUUGCUCGAUACAUGAUGAGCCAGAUUCCUAGCUCAAUCAGCAAAAUCUUCAUCGGUAUCUCAAAAUGGGCGUUAUCCCGCCGCGUUCCGGACGUGGCUCAAAAGAAAUACGGAUUUGCCGUUGCCGACAAAGUUGCAAAGGUGUUUAUUGCUGGACUGGAGUUCAACAGACUAGAAUGUUUUGAGGAUAAGCGUGACAAAUUUGCUUAUUGGCUACUUUCGCUUUCAUCAAGCCGCAACAUUCUGUUUGACGGUGAGUCUUCUAGAAUCAGCUCUGCUAGCCUCCAGACAGUCACGGUUAUCUGCUUCAAGCGCGCAGGAGGACUCGACGUAUUGAUCAAGGUUCUCGAAGGUCUUUGGUACGAGAUGAACAACGUGCCGUCGGCCGAAGACGGCGAGAAAUCUCUAUUGUCCAAGCAAGCGAUGACGUUUGGUGACGUGGUAGUUCUUCAAAUUUUCUCGGCCUUGGUCGGCAUGAAGUCGGUUAUUGAGUCCUCGCAGACUAGCAGCCUGGCUUCAAAAGAGCGAGAUCGGAAUCGGCCCGAUUACUUCAACCCUGCUCAGUUCCUUGUUGAGCUGCGAUUAACGGUUCUUCCAGUUAUCCGCAAGCUCUGGGAGUCUGAGGAGCUCAAGACCGUCUCGACGCCCAUCCUGAAAAUGCUGAUGAGCAUCCUCAUGGCUAUCAUGAAUGCUGACGGAGAGACUGGUUGCCUGUCGAAGGAGGAAGGUCGUGAGUGGUCAUCGGACCAGUUGACUUCCGAGUCGUUCGUCGAGGAAACUGCUUUUCGACCAACGUCGUUCUUGGAGCUGGGAUUCAGUCGACCGAUCGAGAUCACAGAGUCCGAAGAACUCGAAGAUGAGGUCGUGCCUCGAGCUGUGGAGCCAGAGGCGAGAGUAAUCAUCACAACGGACGAAACUUCCGAAGACGCUGCGGAGAGCCCGUCUAUCCACUCAUCGCCUGCUGCGUCGGCUGUGUCCAGAGAAGAAGGUCCCGUUGGCACACCAGAAAAUGGUUCGGCUGCAGGUGCAUCCUCCUCGCGUUCGCGUUCGGUUGAUGUGAACAACGGCUCCAUCAGGGAGGAUGAUAUGUCUGACGACCGCGAGGAUACACCCGUGGCUCGAGAAAGUGCAUCGACCCCCGCUCCCGGAGAACAAUCUGAACGUCGCGGCGAGGAACCUGGACCGUCGGCUUCUGAUGAACCUGUCUCAGAAAAGCCGAUGAUGUAUGUCUCCGAUCUCAAUGCGAUGCGUGAUGAGAUCAGAAAGGAUAUCAUUGCACGAUCUCUGCAGGCUCUGAACACGCACCCUGAUGUUGUCUUUGAGACCUCGAAGCUUUUGAUGAGUGCUUUCAGUGGCAAGCUUUUCACUGGAGAGGCCAGGAAGAAAGCUGUUGUUGAGAUCCUUGCCUUCAUCGCCAAGGUGAAUGAAGAAGAGGACGAGAAGGCGCGAGCAAUCAAGCUGAAGACAAAUGCGCAUUUAUUGGGACUUCUUCUCCAGUCUGAUUUAUUCUUUGAUGCCUCCGUGAACCAGCUCUUAGGGUGUUGGAAUAUGUUUGUCGGAAUGAUCAGGCUGGAUCCUAACAAUGAAGACAGCUGGCUUCCAGAUAUCUUGCUGAUUGUGGAGAAGUGUCUUUCGAGCGCAGAGCAGCCCAAGCCGAUCAUUCUUGAGCAUAAUCUGACGGGCCCGAUCGUCAACCGCGACCAGCUAUAUAAGGGUUCUAGAGAGACCUUGCUCGACGCUAUCGUGAACUUGCCAGAGAUGAAAACCGAAGCUAAUGCUGCUGCGGUGGCCCGUGUCCUGAUUGCUUUGACUAGAGACCAUAAAAUCGCCGUCAAAGCUUUCGAGCGCGGAGCAAUCACCUCUUUACUCAAGUCUAUCGGUCCCUUGCAUGGCGAAGGUAGGAUCCGGAUUCAAAACUACAUCACCAUCCUCUUCCGUCAUGUGAUGGAGGAGCCGGAGACACUGGAGGCGCUCAUGCUUGCUGAAGCUCGGAAGAUCUACCUAGAACAGGCUGAUCAGCUUCAUCCUACCGACGCUCACUCACUCAUCCGCGCAAGCUACUUGACUAUCCUUAGAAGCCCAGAGACGUAUGUCAAGGUGGUGAAUGAGAACUUCAAAGCUGUUUGGAUUCCGGAGCUGCCUGCUGCUCGGCAAGAUAGCAUCAUGCUCAAAUCUCGCGAAAAGGAAACUUCGAAACCCGAUUCUUCAUCAGCUGAAGGUGACGGUGAGACAGCCGAGAAGUCAGGCGAGCCCGCGACCGAGACAAAGAAAUCGGAAGACGAGGAAAUGACAGAUGCCAAGCCCUCAGAUCCUGGCCCCGCCCGCGUAUUAUCAACCGACAAGAACACGGGCGUGAUCAACUUCCUUCUCAACGAACUUCUGGCUACGAAGGAUGAUCCUCCAGAGAACGACGGCAACACACCAGAGCCUCCUGAGGAUCGUUUGUCGGAUUCCAAUCAGCGUUCGCAGUUUGAUCCGGAAAAACAUCCACAGUUUUUGUAUCGCACAUAUCUUCUAGAGGUCAUCACAGAACUACUAUCGAGCUACAACCAGUGCAAGCUUGAGUUUAUCAGCUAUUCUCGUCGCGGCCACACAAUCAGCACGCCAUCAAAGCCUAGACAUGCUGUCCUCAACUACUUCCUCAACGAGCUGGUCUCUACUUCGACUAUUUACGGAAUGGGCAAUGUCGCGAUCAAGAUGAAGUCUCUGAUCUCUAGUAUGGCAUCGCGGCUCCUCUACGCUCUGAUUUCGAGCACUCAAGAGUACGAGGCCGACAGUGAUAAUGGCGAGAAUCUGACCAUCACACACAUUCGAAAGUUCGUACUCGACGCCACGUUGCGUGCGUUUAAGGACGUGUCAACCUCAUCCGAACCAGCUGGAGUGCGCUAUGCGCGCCUUGUCAGUCUGGGCACUCUCUGCAAUCGAUUUUUGUACUCAAAGGGCCACAACUCUGGGUCUAAAAGUGACUCCAGCGAUGACAUGUCUAUCGCCAAGAUCAUGUUUGAGAAGAACUUUGUUGGUGCUUUGACGUCUACGUUGAAUGAGGUUGAUCUGAAUAUACCUUCGUCUCAGAAAGUUAUUCGCGUACUGCUUAGACCUCUCUCCAAGCUCUCCCGGACUUCAAUAGAGCUGUCAAAUAUCCUGGAGAUGGCUAAACCGACUGAGAUCAACGAGGAGGACUAUUUCUCUACUGAUUCAGACGAGGAAGAUUAUCGCGAAGAGACUCCGAACUUCUUUACCAACUCUGCGCUCGGCAUGUUUGAAGUGCAGGAAGGAAUGGACUACGACGAAGAGGACUCUGAGGGUAGUGAAAUCGAUGAUCAGGGUGAAGAGAUGGAGUUUGAUGAGGAGGAAGAUGAUGACGAACCUCACUCUGACGACGACGAGGAAGAUUCUGUCGACGAAACAAUGGAAUAUGGCGACGAAGAGAUGGAGUACGGUGACGAGGAAGACGACAGCGAGUUAUCGUCUGACGAGGAAGAUGAUGAUGAUGACGAUGGCGAGGAAGAUGAGAACGAGAUAUCCAAUUCUGAGUUAGAACAGAUCUCCUCUUCUGAGAUUGACGAGGCGGACGGUUACUUGGGUGGGGAGGAAGACGAGGAAGUCAGUGAUGAUGAAAUCGAGGUGGAUGAUGAGGAAGGAAGUAGUGGGAUGGAAGAUUAUGACGAGAUUCUUUCAUGGCAGAUGGAUGGGGAGGAGGACGAGAUAGACCGUGAGACCAUCGAUCAGCUUGCUCGAGAAAUCAGAGAAGAUAUCGAUGAAGUUCAGGCAGCGAUGGAUGAGGAAGACGACGAAGAUGGAGAGAUAGAUGGUGGUGAUGAGUCAGUCGAUUCGUUCUUGCCGGAGCUGGAGAGCUUUGAAGAAGGCUGGGAGCUCGAAGAAGUCAUGAACACAGAGGACUCCUUCAACCGACGAAAUCAUCAUGUUUUUGGAAGCUCGAGUUCGCGCAAUCGCAGUAAGUUCAAAUCGAGCAGUGAACAGUUUUCGUUAGUUAUUAUAGGUACUAACUUUUCAUGCACAGGCUGGAGCGGCGUUGAUACAGCCACCAACCCAUUGUUGGUUCCAUCAAAUAAUAACAUGAUGCCUGCGUUUGGUGGUCGACCCGGAACUCAGAACCCCGAUGGCCUCUACCGUGCGAUUGUGCAAACUGUUAGACGUGGUGGCGGUAGUACUACCAGCCACGACUUGCAGACUCUGAACGACCUGUUUCAGCAAGUUUUGCGCCAGCAAACCAAUCGGCGCACUACGAUGCUUACUGGAAGCGAUCCUCUUGCAAACGAGCUUGAGGCGAUUUACGACAUUCCUCAAUCCAGGGCCCGCCAAUUGCGAGAUGACGCCUUUGGUUCACUUAUCAGCUUUGUUACACGUAGCACGGUUGAGAGAUGGCAUGAGGAGUCCAGGAUGCUGUUCCCCAACAUCGGCAACGAUAAGGUCUGGAAUAUUCUCAACCAUAUCCUCAAUUACCUUGUUCCUUUGGCUCAGAAAGAGUACGAAAAGAAGAAAGAGAUUGAGGCUGCCGAGCGUCGGCGCUCUAGAGAACAGCUUGAGAAAGAGCGUCAGGAACAGCAAGCUGCGAAGAUGAAGGACCAGAUCGACAGUCCUUCAGCAGCAGACCAUGAGUCCGAGGAAGAGAAGGAACAGGGCGAAAGCAGUGAACAGACCGCAGACGAGCCGGUUUCUGCUCCUCCAGCAACAGAAAGCAACACCGCUGAGUCUGAAGCCGCCGAGCCGGAGGCUGUGGAAGCUGAAGUGGCGGAGACUGUUGACGCGGACGAGGAAGCUUCCGAGCCUGAGACUACAGAGCCCGAGAUUUCUGAGUCUGCGCAGACCAACACUGAGCGGAUCAUCGUCACAGUCGGUGGCCAGGAGGUCGAUAUCACGGAUUCGGGCAUCGAUCCUGAGUUUCUCGAAGCUCUCCCUGAUGAUAUGCGCGAAGAAGUCAUCACUGCUCAUCUCCGUGAGUUGCAGCGCUCGAGCUCGACUGCUCGCGUGCCGGAACCCGAGUCGGAAAUUGAAGCUGAGUUUCUUGCAGCUUUGCCUCCGAGUAUUCGUGAAGAGCUUCUGCGAGAAGAGGCGUCUGAACGACGACGUGCCGCUCGUGAACGUGAAGCACGCGAGGCAGCUGCCUCUCAACAAGAGGCGCCUGCUGAGGAAGCUCAAGAGGAUAUGGAUUACGAAUCGUUCUUGGCUACUCUCGAUCCUGCUUUACGACAGACUAUUCUGGCUGAACAGGAUGAGGAUGUUCUUGCACAGCUCCCACAGAACAUAGCGGAGGAGGCGCACGAAAUCCAGCGAAGACACAAUCUUCACUCUAUGAGAGAUUACUUGGACGUCAGUAUCCCAACACAUCGACUGAAUGCGAUCCGCAACGCGACUCGGGGCGCUCUUCCUAGACAGGAAGUCAGCAGCAAACCUCAAAGAAACAGAAACGGUAUCCAACUUCUCGAUAGAUCUGGCAUUGCUUCGCUAGUCCGUCUGCUUUACCUCCCUCAGACGACCUCACAACGUAAUCCGUUGUUUGAGAUGCUUCUGAGCGUGACCGCCAACAGACAGAGCCGAUCUGAGCUGUUCAAUAUGAUUCUCUCGAUUCUGCAUGAUGGAAGUACUGAUGUCGCUGCUGUUGAGCGCAGUUUCAAUCAGAUUGCGGCGCGUGCGCGACCCCAGCAGACAGCGAGUGUCAACACUCCUGUAAAGUCGUCGUCGCUCACACCGAAGACGCCGAUGACUCCAGUCAAGCAGGGUGCUAGUGGCUUGUCGGGUAAACCUGUAGAGGUUUCUCCCAUAAGUCUUGUUCAGCAAUGCCUGGAGGCGCUUGACUAUAUUCUCAAGGCCAACCGUCAGCUUGCGUCUUACUUCUUGAUCGAGCACGAUAGUCCUAUUGGCUUGAAGCGGAGUCUGAGCCGGAAGGGAAAGAGCAAAGAUCUCCCGGUAUCAAAGGCGUCGAAGUAUCCCAUUAAUACUUUGUUGGAUUUGUUGGACCGGCAGAUGAUUCGCGACAAUGCUGGACUGAUGGAUAUGAUAUCGAUGCUUCUGCAAGAGAUCACGAGACCUCUCCAGGUCGUGUUGAAGAAGAGUCAGGAGAAAUCGGCAAUUGAGGAGAAGGCGACCGGCACGACAACCGGGGAUGCUGGGGAUUCCAACGAUGCUCCUGCAACCGCUGGAGAGAGCGAGGCGACGAAGGGCGAAAUGGCUGGCGAGUCUUCUGAUAACCAGAAUGGGGCGCAUCGCAAAUUUGUACCGCCCUUCAUUCCAGAACAGAAUCUGUGCUCGCUGGUGAACAUCUUGACCGCCCGCGAGUGUCCAAACAGAACACUUCAGCAGACUAUGGCAGCUAUGCAGAAUCUGUCGGCUGUUCCGGGAGCGAUUGAUGUCUUUGGAAAGGAGCUUAUUCGUCAAGCGCAGGCUCUCGGCCAGGCUCUUCCUGUCGAACUAAAGGAGCUUGCGGAGCAGAUUCGGUCGGCGAAAACUGGCUCUGAAGUGCAGGGCAUGGCAUUGUCUCGAUUUUCACUGGCCAGCUCUGACCAGGCUAAGCUCCUUCGUGUGCUGACUGCGGUGGACUACUUGUUUGACAACAAUCGAGACAAGAAGGCAAGCGACAGCGCUUCUGACUCGGGUGACGCAUUGAUUGAGCUGUACUCGAAGCUUGAUUUCAAGGAUUUGUGGGACGCGCUCGGUCAGUGCUUGUACGAGACGCAAGAGCGCCCAGAUAUGCUGCACGUUGCCACCGUACUUUUGCCUUUGAUCGAAGCGUUUAUGGUUGUCUGCAAGCGCGAGGUUGUGAAGGAAACUGAAGAGACUCCUACCAUAGUGGCACUGACGGGUGCGGCUACCAGCACCUCUCCGAGUGAUGUCGCAUCCUCAGACAAGGAAACAAAGGCCCAUCUUUUCUUCCAGUUCACGGACGAGAACCGCAAGAUUCUUAACCAGAUGGUGAGAAACAACCCCAAGCUCAUGAGCGGAUCGUUCUCUAUUUUGGUGAAGAAUCCAAAGGUGCUUGACUUUGACAACAAGCGCAACUUCUUCUACCGCCAGCUGCAUUUGAGAGCACAGAACGCCAGAAUUCAUCAGCCUUUUGUUAUCAAUGUUCGUCGUGACCAAGUGUUCCUCGACUCAUACAAGGCGAUGUACUUCAUGAGCGGAGACGAGAUCAAGUACUCGAAGCUCAACAUUCGCUUCCAUGGUGAAGAAGGCGUGGAUGCUGGUGGAGUGACUCGUGAAUGGUUCCAGGUACUGGCGAGACAGAUGUUCAAUCCUGAUUACGCGCUAUUUGCUCCGGUUGCUUCAGAUAGAACGACGUUCCACCCCAAUCGAACUUCGUGGGUUAACCCGGAGCAUCUUUUGUUUUUCAAGUUUGUUGGCCGGAUCAUUGGAAAGGCGCUGUAUGAGGGACGUGUUCUCGAUUGUCAUUUCAGCCGUGCAGUCUAUAAGCGUAUGCUAGGUAGACAGGUGGCGCUGAAGGAUAUGGAAAAUCUUGAUCUGGAAUACUACAAGUCGCUGGUCUGGAUGCUAGAGAACGACAUCACCGACGUUAUCACAGAGACGAUGUCGCUCGAGGCUGACGACUACGGCGACAAGAAGAUCAUCGAUUUGAUUCCGAACGGUCGUGAGAUUGCAGUCACCGAAGAGAACAAGAACGAAUACGUGCGCCUGGUUGUUGGGUACAGAUUAUUGACCAGUGUUCAAGAGCAGCUGGACAGUUUCUUGAAGGGUUUCUAUGACAUUGUCCCCGCCGAUCUGAUCUCGAUCUUCAACGAAAACGAGCUCGAGCUUCUGAUUUCCGGUUUGCCCGAUAUCGAUGUCGAUGAUUGGCGCAACAACACGGUCUAUCAGAAUUACUCUGCGUCGUCGCCUCAGAUCCAGUGGUUCUGGAGAGCUGUGAGAUCAUUCGAUCUUGAAGAGCGUGCGAAUUUGUUACAGUUUGUCACUGGAACGAGUAAAGUGCCUUUGAAUGGUUUCGCAGAGUUGGAGGGCAUGAACGGCGUGUCUCGCUUUAGCAUUCAUCGCGACUAUGGUCGCAAGGAACGUCUCCCGUCAUCGCAUACUUGCUUCAAUCAACUCGAUAUGCCGGAGUAUGACUCGUACGAGGCAUUAAGAACGGCUCUGUUGAUGGCGAUCACGGAGGGAACAGAAGGAUUUGGAUUUGCCUAA